AAAAGCCACCCGGAAGCUGGGCAGUAGGAGGGUGGUUCCCAUAGUAACCGCGGGCCGGCGCCGGGGCCGCCAUGUCCUUCAAGCGGGAGGGGGACGACCCCGGUCAGCUGGGGGUGUUGCAGAAAAGACGCGUUGCAGACCUGUUGGCCAACUACAUCCCUGAGGAUGAGGCACUGCUGCUGAGGAGCGGGAGGUAUGCCUGCACGGUGUGUGCCCACCGCCCCAUCUUCGACACGCUGGACGUGCUGACGGUCCACAGGGCCGGCAAGAAGCACAUGGGCAGCCUGCACAGCUUCUAUGGCAGGAAGUGCUCGCUCCAGGACGUGGCCCAGAAGCGGCAGCAUGAGGAGGGGGUGCAGGCAGAGGAGGCAGGCAUGCAGGGCUCCCCAGCACCUCUUCUGGCACGGACGAGGAGGAUUGCCCGGAAUGCUCUGCUGAAAGCAGCUCCCUAUAGCAGCUGCUGCCGGAGGAUGGGGGUGGAGGGAAGCAGCUCGCGACCUGGCGUGACCCAGACAGGGCUGAGUGCCGCCCCGACGCUGCCGUCGCAGAAGGAUGGAGAAGCUGUGGAUGCCAGCCCUGCAGCCCUGCUAGUGGGGCACUGCGGUGGGCGAGCGGACACACUGAAGGCAGCUCCAGCCCAGACGCAGCAAGGCGGCAAAGGAAAAGCUUCAUCGCCGGCCCUGAGCCGGCCCGAAGCCCGAAGCCCUGAGAGGCGCCAGGCCCUGGAGCGAUACCUACAGCUGCGGAGUGCUGGCUGGAUCCAGGACCGCUCCGGCAAGUGGGUGAAGGACGAGAAUGCUGAAUUCGACUCCGACGAAGACGAGCCGCCUGUGCUGCUGCCAGCCUGAGGCCCUGCUCUGCCCCACCGGUCCCCAUGGGGAUGGUCCCCUCAGGCUGUCCCCGAGCCCCACUGUUAAUAGAGGCAGCUGGAGAGGU